AUGCGCUUCCUUAUCUUUGGCGGCGGCGGCCUGAUCGCACGUCACUUUGCGCGCAACGCAAGCAAGCUGGACCACAAGGUCGUGUCUGUCAUUCGCAAUGACACCCACUGGGCGGACCUCGAGGAGAUGGGCGCUACCCCUACCGUCCUGUCACUCGAGGAUGCGUCAAUCAAGGACAUGGAGGACCUCAUCAAGAAGGAGAAGCCUGACGCUGUCAUCUUCUCCGCUGGCGCGGGUGGAAAAGGCGGCCCCGAACGUACCCGUGCUGUCGACUAUGAAGGAUCCGUCAAGGUGUACGAAGCCUGUCAAGGUGCCGGAGUCAAGCGCCUGCUCCUCGUCAGCGCGUUCGACGUGCGCGACCGCUCCAAUCCCGUUCCGGAGUGGUACACCAAGGAGGAUAUCGAGGCGUGUUCUCGUGUCUGGGCCGCCAUCGGCCACUACAUGCAGGCCAAGUACGACUCGGAGAAGGCCCUUCGCGAGACCAAGCUCGACUAUACAGUUCUCCGCCCCGGGCACUUGCUGAACGAGCCCGCCGGGGGUUGUCAUCUUGGUAAGACUCGCGCGGCCAGCGUGAGCCGCGAGACGGUGGCCAACGUUCUCUUGGCGUCUGCUCUCGACCCCCAGACCAUUGGCCUCACGUUCAACGUCAUGGACGGCACCGAGUCCGUGGACAAGGAGAUUGAGCGUAUUGGCAAGGAGAAGGUCGACGUUUGGACGGGUUGA